GUUCAUAGGCGUGGCUUCAUAAUUUAAAAAGGUUUUAGGCGCCUUUUUGGGUUCUUCAUCAACUUCCUCUCAAGGUCUAAUCUCUCUCUUUUACCAUGGCCUCUACUUCUUCCAUCAGUAAUGUAGAGAAUCUACCGCCUCACAUACUUAAAAGAAUAUCAAGAGAAGUAUACGAAAUAUCAGAAUCCCCACCAGAAGGAAUAAAGAUGUUUAUUAAUGAGGAAGACAUUACUGACAUACAAGCAUCCAUUGAAGGACCAUCUGGCACUCCAUACGAAGGUGGCCUUUUUAAAAUGAAACUAGUUUUGAGCAAAGAGUUCCCUGCUGUACCUCCGCAAGGGUUCUUUCUUACUAAAAUAUUCCAUCCCAAUGUUGCAAAAAAUGGAGCGAUCUGUGUCAACACACUUAAGAAGGACUGGAAACCCGAACACGGAAUAAAACAUAUUUUACUAACAGUCAAAUGCUUACUAAUCUAUCCGAAUCCUGAAUCAGCUUUAAACGAAGAAGCUGGUAGACUAUUAUUAGAGCAAUACGAUGAAUAUUCAAGAUAUGCUAAAAUGAUGACAGAGAUUCAUGCUAAACCACAAAAACCUUCCACCUCCUCUUCAACCAGCAUUGAUGCUUGUUGCCCUUCAUCUUCCAAGAGCACUGAGGAAGACAAAGAUGGAGAGCUGUUGAAAAAGAAAGGAACAGAUAAAGGAAAGAUCCCCAGUACUGCUGCUGCUGCAACAGCAGCUGCUGAGAAAAAGAAGAAGGAAAAGAAGAAAGCUUUAAAACGGUUGUAGUUAUAGUAACGAUAUUAUUAUAAAAUAAAUCUAUUUCAUCUCCUGGCAUUAAAUUUAUUUCUAUUUCCUCUUUUCACUCAAAUUAUUAAAGCAGUAUAAUGA